AUGGCGGGCGCUGCGCGGCUCGGGUGUAGCGCCGUGUGCCGCUCCCGGGACUCCGCCGUGUACCGCUCCCGGGACCCCGUCUGCAACCUGCGCCUACGGGUCCGUAUCCAGCGGGUCGCGCCGGCCGGGCCUAUCCUGCCGCGGACGCCGCCGCCGCUCGCCGGCCCCGAGCGGCCGGGCCGGGCCGACCGCGCCGACAGUGCGGGAGAGGGAGCGGGAGCGGUGCCGCUGCGGGUUACCGCGGCCUCUCGCGCAGGCGCCCAGAGAUCCCCGGAGGACGACGAGGAGGAGGUCGAGGUGGGGUGGCAGGAGAAGCUCUUCAGCCAGUUUGAGGUGGAUCUGUACCUGAAUGAGUCAGCCUGCCAGACUCCCCUGGACUGGCAGUACCACGAGGAGAUCCAGAAACUAGAGAAGGCUGGAGGUCGGAAGAACUGUCGCAUCUUCACCUACACUGACCAUGACCGAUUCACCAACCUAGAGGAGCUCUGCCAGAAGGUAACUGACUUGGAUCAUGAAGUGCCAUCAUAUCUGGUUGAGAGGAUGGCCAAUGUGAGGAGGAGAAGACAGGACCGUAGGCCUGUAGAAGCAAGUUCUCUGAAGUCAAAAAUCAUCACCUGGGAACCUUCAGAAGAAUUUAUAAAGAACAAUCAUGUAAUUAACACACCUGUCCAGACCAUGUACAUCAUGGGGGACUUGGGACCUUAUGGGAAGCUUGGUCACAAGGAGUAUGAAAAUGUGCUUUGCACAAUCAAGGUGGAUGGCAAUGGUGUGAUCACAGUGAAGCCUGACUUCAGUGGCACCAAAGGACCCUACCGGAUCGAGGUAGAUGGAGAGAAGCGAGAGGUGUGGGAAUACACUAUUGAGAAUGCAUCUGCCCAGGUGCAGCCAGAGGAGGAGGAGCGUGAGCAGCGCGUGUUCAGAGAUCUGUACGGGCGGCACAGGGAUUACCUCAGUGGGCUCGUGGGCUCAGACUUUGAAAUGCCUCUUCCUGGUACACUGAGACUUUUCAUGAAUGGAGAAAUAGUUUCAGCUCAAGGCUAUGAGUAUGACAACCUUUAUGUGCAUUUCUUCCUGGAGCUGCCUAACCAGUGGUCAAGCUCCCCAUUCCAGCAGCUCUCAGGAGUGACGCAGACCUGUGCCACCAAGACAGUGGGCUGGGAUAAGGUGGCAUACUUCUGCUACCCCUUCACUGUGGAGAUGUUUUUCACCCAAGAAGAUGAAGACAGUCUCCCUCAGUGGCCUGUUCUCUACUUUGAGGUCCUAUCCCUGGAUUUCUGGCAGAGGUAUCGUGUGGAAGGAUAUGGGUCCUUGGUGCUGCCAGCAUGUCCAGGUGUCCACAUGCUCACCAUCCCUACCUGGCGUCCUGUGGAUCUGGGAACUGUUGCUGAAAUGAGGAGGUUUUUCAUUGGGGGAUCUCCUGAGCUGGAGGACUUAACCUACAUCCGGACACCAUCGACCUUCAGGGGAAAGCGCUUGAGUCGCUUUGGUUUCCGGACACAGACCACAGGGAGCGUCACGUUCCGGCUCUGUUGCCUGCAGCAGUCCAAAGCCUUUCUGGAGAACAGUGCUCUGAGGCAGCGCAUGCAGAGUGUACUGGACCGAAUGGGAGGCUGCAGCCAGCAGAGCUCUGUCUACAAUGUUUUGGAGGCUUUCCAGCGGGCACGGCGCCGGAUGCAGGAAGCGCGAGAGAGUCUUCCCCAGGACCUCAUCAACACUUCUGCUUCUACUGUGCUGCAGCCACCAGAGCCAUGAGUGUCACCUCUGCUGCUUGGAGCACUUGGCACCCUCCCUCCAACACAAGCUCCCACCCUUCAGCAGAGGAAUCCCAGUGCUGGUGCCUGGAAACUUCAGAAGCCCUUCCUUUGUGUUUUAACCUGCAUGAGGGAAGGAGAUUGUCACACCUCUGGACCCAGAAUUUGCAUUUCUACAACUAUCUGUGGAAGGAGCCCUGUUUUUCAAGGCCCUUUGUUACCAGGCUCUAACAA